AUGGACGCCUACGCCUACCUAGUUCGCCACGGCUGGUCCGGCACCGGCAACCCCCUCAACCCAGACCGCGCAGGCGUGCGCGGCGGACUAGGCCUCACAAAGCCGCUCCUUGUUGCGCGACGGACCGGCAACAGCGGUGUUGGGAAGACGACGACGAAAGACCCGACGAAUCAGUGGUGGUUGCGUGGGUUUGAGGAUGCGCUGAAGGGGAUUGGGCAGGCGGAUUCUGGGCAGGGGCAGGGGCAGGUGGGGAAGGGGAAUGCGUUGACGAGUGAGCUUUAUCGGUUUUUUGUUCGGGGGGAGACUGUUCCUGGAACGCUUGGGAAUAAGGAUAAGGAGAAGGAGGUGAAGAAGGAUGGGGGGAAGAAGAGGAAGAGAGUUGAUGGGGAUGGGGAUGAGACGAAGGAGGAGAAGAGGUUGAGGAAGGAGGAGAAGAAGAGGAGGAAGGUUGAAAAGGAGGAACGGAGGGAGCGGAGGAGGGAGAAGAGGGAGAGGAAGGCCAAGAGGACCGAGGAAAAGGCUGAAAAGAAGGCGAGAAAGUCUGAGAAGAAGGAGAAGGAGCAGAAGCCUGAGGAUGACUAUCCUACACCGGUCUCAAUGGAUUUGGACUCGACAGACAACCAAGAUGGAGGUUCAGAACUGGACAAGCUGAAGGAGAAGAAAGAGAAGAGGGACAAGAAGUCAAAGGCAAAGGAAGACAAAUCCUCGAAAGAGAAAAAGAAGGAGAAGAAACAAGAACCAUCCGACGAGAGCUCAAAACGAAAAUCGAAAAAGAGCAAAUCGACGUGA